AUGUGGACGGUAAAAAUAUGUCUUCGACAUCCACGAUUACCUUCGUUCUCUGCUGGAAUCCGUAGCGUAAUCCAGCUUAGGAACUUCACGAGCACCAAUUAUUAUCAUAAAUCUAUACUUGAACGUGCUCAGACAUGUAGUAACUAUGUUUCACAUGAUGAUGCCGCCAAGUACCUAUCGCAUUUCAUCGAUAAAGGUUACGACGCAACACAGUUGCGCGGAUUCCUAAAAGACGGUAGAAAUGGAGAUUCAGGGUUAUUAUCUAUCGACGAUUAUCUGAUGAUACUACAGCUUUGCAAAUUGAUAGAAUUUCAUGAUAUGGAUUUGUUGUCAUCUCUAUCUGAAGAUCUUCGUCUGGCUUUCGUCACUCUAUAUAAACCUCUGCGCAGAGGUCGUAUCGCAAGUAAAUCGCAGAAUUGCAGCGAUCCGGCUGAUAUAUCUCACGCAAAUCAUAUGCCAGCUCGUAUCUUCCAACUUGACAAAUCAAGGGCACCGCCAUUAAAAGAUGCAAUAAUUAGUGGGUCUAAUGCUAAUAUCAACGAUUUGAACCAACCGACUGCCAUGUGCGUGUAUAGGAGUUUGAAUCAUCUGGAACUGUUAUCUCCGGACUUCUCGUCAACACUUGAGGAACGAUUUUGCGAACGAGUUGAAUUGGAUGGUGGCGUCAAUUACCGUUUUUUUGAUGAUCUCACUUCUUCAGACAUCAUAGAACUUGGUUAUUCGAAAUUGGUACAAGGUAUCUCGGGAAACGAUCCCUUUUGGUUCGUUCGAGGUGUUCUCUGGGGGAAGCUGACCACCUUGAUGGCAUAUUUGAAGUGCUUGGCAGAAUCAUGUUACGCUACACUCAGUGACGAUGACAUUGAAGUGUUAAAUAAUGUUAUUUGUAUUGAUCGUGGUUAUAAGAAAUUUCGUACUACUAAAUUCGUCGAUAAGGUAUCGGAGCAUUUGACUAAGUUACGUAUCCGUCAUGAGACAACUAUCUAUGCCAACGGCAUAUUGCUAGAUAUUUUGGAGAAGGAUCGUAAUUUGGUUUGGCUGUGUAAUUCUUAUCAUCGAUUUUAUGCUACGACUUUCGAUCCGACAGCAGAGAGUAAGAUGCUAGAUCGCCUGAUUCGAGCGUUUGGUUUCAAGACGUGUCACAUAAAUUACUAUCAAUGGGGACGGCUAAAGGCACGUCGUACACGUUUUGCAUUUUUGCGAAUGGCACGAUACUAUGCUUUAAAUGACCAGAGGGAAUAUGACCACCGCUAUGCUGGAUGGAGUCUUCCGUAUGUUUGGUGGAAUGCAUCACGUCAGGAUCAGAUGCAUAUUUCAAACUACCUAAAAUACGAGCCGUGA